AUGAGACUUAUCUUCCUUUCCUGGUCAGUUGCCCUCAAUCUCCUGACGACCAGUGCUAGAAAUGUUUCUUAUGAAGCAGGAGAGCCAAAGAGGGUUUGGGCUGAAGAAGGGGGCCGUGCAGUCCUUCCCUGUUACCUGAACCCUCAGAAGCUGGAGAGCAGCUUAGGAGAGCUGUACAAGAGACUGUCGAUUCGAUGGGAGUGGCGGGGAAGAAGUUCCACCCAGGUACAUCACAUGGUACUCCAAGUGGCAGCCAGCGGUCUCAAAACACGGGCCCGUUCCAUGAUGCCCCGUGCAUCAGUGCAGGACAAGGACUUUCUCCACGGGGAUUUCUCACUUCAGAUCAAGCCUGCUACAAGAGAAGAUGUGGGGAGAUAUAGUGCACGAGUGAAAUAUGGCAGCAAGGCGCAUCACUGUGAGCUGAAACUUGAUGUGGUAUCAGUAAGUGCAAAUCCUCCUGGUCCAUUGCUUGAGUCUGAGUCUGUUAAGCUAACCUGUAGCUCCACACUUCCGGAAAAGCCCAUAAAGAUCCAGUGGUUCUCUGCCAAUCACCUUGUCAAGACAUCUGGUCGUUUCUGGCCUGCAGGUCAAUCUCUGUUUAUCUCCAGAUCAAUCAGUAGUGACUCUGGGCCCUGGGUUUGUGAGCUGACCUAUGCAGGUGGAGAGCGAGUUUCUGUCACACACCACCUUCAAGUCUUAGGAUUUGCUGGGCCAACCUGGCCUGUAGUCUAUGCUGCAACAGGAACCAACAUUUACCUGCCCUGCAUACUGAAUUUCAAUCCCUUGGACUACGACAACUCAAAGGUAGCUGUGCGUUGGAGCCACGUGGCAGGAGAUGACUUGAAAGCCAAGUCCAACCAACAUCAAGGAACCAAUAAGAAUCUUGCCUUGUAUCUCCCUGCUGUGGGGCCAGAUAGUGCCGGCCAAUAUUUCUGUGCAGUCUCCAUCAAUGGCACAACCAUCUCUAAGAAUGUCACUCUGGUAAUAAUGACAGUCAUUCCAAGCAUUGAGGGGCCAGUCCUGGAGGGAUCUCACUUGGUGCUCACCUGCAAUCUGAGCCAUGCCCCAGGAAAGGUGCAUUUUCAAUGGAAGUGGUUGGGUCCAGAGCCUUCAAAUAGUUCCAAAGCUGCCUUCAAGAGUUCUGAACACUUGACCACCGGCUGGAUCCGAGAGUUCUCCAAGGUGUCGCCUGAGGAUUCUGGGAUUUGGGAGUGCAGCAUCCACAGUGCAGAAGGGAGGCUGGGCUCUGUGCAGUAUCACCUGGAAAUUGCAGGUGCCCAAGUUGCUAGUCCAGCACAAAACAUGAUGCCUGAGGAGAUCACUUAUGGACUGAUUAGCUUCCUCUUUGCCCUUGUGGUCUCUGUUGCAGUUCUGAUCCUCUUGUGGCACAGGACACGCUCACUAAACAUCCCAGCACUGGAUAGACUGGUAGCAGCUGCCCAUCUGAGAAAAGAGUUCAAGGAUGCUGCCCAAAAAGAGAAGGUCCUGCAGACAGAACCAUGA